AUGGCCUUUCGUCCAUCCCACCCUUUGGCAUCCACUAGUCUUAUCUCUCUCACAAAGCCAAUAACACCCAAUACGCUGAAAAUCCUUAGAGAUGUUUUAAAUUUUAAUUCUAGCACAGUAAACUGGCCCACUACCGGAAUAGCCCCUAAGUCACGGAAUGCCGCUGUUCUCAUACCGUUCUGCAACGUUGAUGGUGAACCCGGAAUAUUACUCGAAGUCAGAGCAAAAGCAUUAAGAUCCCAUUCCGGAGAAAUCAGUUUCCCUGGCGGCCGUGUAGACGAAACAGACGAAUCAUUGGUGUACGGGGCUUUACGAGAGACAAAGGAAGAAUUAGGUAUAGAUCCAAGUCGUAUUGACGUACUCGGAGCAAUUGGCCCACCUGAGCUCAACUUGCGUGGUGAUAUGAGAGUAUGGCCCUUUGUCGGAUUUGUCCACUCUUCCAACGAGGAGGAAAUCAACGAAGACGAACCAUUCCCCUCUUUGGACCUGGAUGCCCUUCGUCGGCAAGCGUCUCCGGCAGAGGUUGCAACUGCCAUUCAUCUUCCGCUAAAGAGAUUUGUCUCAUCUCGUCAAGUGCGACGGUCUAUGUUCAGGGCAGCCGAGCCAUAUUGGACAAUUGACGUCACGGACAUCGUCAAGCCAUUAUUGGGGUCGGAAACUGUCACGACCAAAACAGCGGAGGAGGAUGUCAAAGACGAAGUCGGGCCUGGCGUUGGCGGUCGUAUAGAGGUCUGGGGAUUAACAGGGUGGUACCUUUCAUUAUUAAUGAAAGCAUUAAAGAUAGAAUAUAUUGAUAGAAAGUCAUGA